CAGCUCGCGAGUCGCUGCCACAUCACAUCUCGCCUCCGCCUCCUCCCUCCUCCCUCCCUCCCCACAAACACCCCCGGCUCCCGCCGCUGCCGCGUCUUCUACCCGUCCAGUCGCCCUCCCCGCUGCCGACUUGUCGCCGCAGCCGAAGCACAGCACAGCACAGCACAGCGCGGAGGCGGAGAGAGGUCGAUCCGAGGGCGGAGAGAGAGGACGUAGCGCGCGGAGGGGAGUGAGGAGGGAGGGCGGGAUGGAGGGCGGACGAUGACUGCGCGCGCCGCGGCGGGAUGAGGACGAUCUGCGAUGUGUGCGAGAGCGCGGUGGCGGUGCUCUUCUGCGCGGCCGACGAGGCCGCCCUCUGCCGUCCCUGCGACGAGAAGGUACAUAUGUGUAACAAGCUUGCUAGUCGGCAUGUAAGGGUUGGGCUUGCGGACCCUAAUAAAUUAGUACGCUGUGAUAUAUGUGAAAGUUCUCCUGCUUUCUUCUACUGUGACAUAGAUGGUACAUCACUUUGCCUGAGUUGUGAUAUGGCUGUUCAUGUUGGUGGGAAACGAACCCAUGGAAGAUACUUGCUGCUAAGACAACGAGUCGAAUUUCCAGGAGAUAAACCAGGGCAUAUGGACGAUGUAGCCAUGCAACAGAUGGAGUCUGAAAACCCAAGGGACCAAAAUAAUGCUCAUUCGGUAGAAAAGGAGCAAAUGGUGAACCACCACCACAAUGCCUAUGAUCCGGCCUCAGAUGGCAAUUGCAACGGCCAGGGUGCCAUUGACUCAAAAAUGUUUGAUCUUAAUAUGAGGCCAGCUCGUAAUAAUGGGCAAGGUUCAAGUUCCCAGACUCAUGGAGUGGAUCAUAGCCACAACAACAACCAUGACUCUUCAGGAGUGGUCCCAACAUGCAAUUACGAUGGAGCCACCGACAAGUAAACAUUGGAAUCUCAGAAUGUAAAUUGCUUCGGUUGCUGUUAUAAACAUUUCGUCCGCACCGGGAGCUUGAAUUAGCUUUAGCCUUAGUGGCCAGGCUAAAUGUAUCGUUGCAGGGACCUUAGAAUGUGUGUUGUUUUUUAAUAGAGACGAAGCUAACGACUGUAUCUGGAUUAAGCAUGGCAUGCACUAGACGCUGUGCUGCGGAUUUCUGUUGUAUGCUAUCAGGAACUGUACAAAGAAAUAAUAGACCUCUCAUUUUGUGUA